AUGAAAUAUUUAACUAAAAGGAUGCUAGAACGGACCACGGGGAGGAGUAACGAGCAAACGGAACAAGAAAAUGGGAAGAAAAAUAAAGUUUGUGCUAAGGAGUUGGUAACAGGGCCAAGGUCAAAUUGAGGUUUCGUUUCCAUUUUCGGUCUCCCCGAUUCGCUCCCCGAUUCACUAACUCCCCAAUCAAUUUUUAAGAAAAUUGUGGGUUUGUUUUAAUUAACGUUGGAAAGCAAGAGUAAGGUUACGGGGUCAGAAAUACACGUUUAUAGCGGAGCUCCACCAGCGCGCGUGGGCGGAGCCCCAUAGCUAACGAAAUGUGGUAAUCUACCCAUCCCAGAAAAUUUGGUAAUCACGUGACCGUACAUCGAGCGAGCGAGCGACCGUCCGUCCGCACCACAGGUAUACCAAUGUAAAAUAACUCAAUCAACAGGUAUGGGAACCCAAAUGCAACUCAAGGUUUUAUUUGGAAGGAAAUCACAUGGCCGCCCGGACUUUUAGAAAGAAAAAAGUCGUGUCUUUUUCGGCGUUAUUUUUUAUGUGUACACUAACGUGGAUAACAGAGAAAGAGCUAGAGCGAGUUAUUGAAAAUUCGUUGGAAGAAAAACAUGGAAAUUCAAAGCGGCGGUGACAAUAUGAGAAAUGCUAGCUGCCAGCAAGGUGAAAAUGAGCGGCAGUGAAAAAUAAAAGCGAACAUGAACACUGGAAACAACAUAUUGGGUAAGCACAUACGACAAUUCCUCCAUAAAAAUAAUGUGUAACCAGGAAGUUUGACGUUUUAGUCCUACAAAACAGUGUUGUAGUCGUGCAAAACAACGGCAAGGGAAAGACAAAAAAAGCGUGCUGCACGUGCAAAUUUGGUUUUUGCUAAUUAGAAGAAAAAGUGUGCUGCACGUGCAGUUUGUUUUUUUGCUAAUUAGAUCUAUUAGUCUUGAAGCCACUUUCAUUGUCGUCCCCCGUUUAGCGUUACACGAUUUAAUUUUUUUUGUUUACACGUAUUAUUAACCAGAGCUUCGCUUUUAGCCUGGCUAAAUCUAUAUAUUACAAGUAAGGCUGCUAUCGUUCUUGUUUCAAUUAAAAAGAUAUUCCCCACGUAGAAAUUACAAAUUGUCCGCUCCCAGUCUUGCUUGUGAGCUGAGAAACAGGAAAUACAGUACACUUUUAAUUGUUUAUCGUUAAUGUAACCGAGCACAAUUGAGAUAGUUCUAAUAUUUUAAAGAAAAUAAUUACUUUGCAGUGAAAACAAUCUGAGGCUAUAUUAAGCCUACUCGUUACAAAAAAAAUCUUCGUACAUCUGCAAAUUUAUGUACAAAUGACUGUAAUAAGAAUUUCUCAAACUCAUUAAUAAUUCAUUAAGAAAAUACAAAGGAAAUUAAUGUUUAGUGAGUGUUUGGAAAUCGGAUGAAACACUGCUUAGUAUUUGCAUCCUUAAUUUCUCCUUCAAAAAUGAUUUUGUUUGAGAAGAAAUAUCAAACAUUCGACACAGUGUUUCAUCACCAGAUGAGACACCUCGAAGUUCGUCAAAAAUACUCCGCUGCGCGUCGUAUUUUCAACUCUCUUCUCGGUGUUUCAUCUGGUGAUGAAACACUGCAUCUCAUGUUUGAUAUAUUACAUGAAGCACUGGUCACAUUAAUUUCAAGGCCAUCCUUGAGGGUACACACUAUUAUACAUACAUUUCAGAAGAACGUGUCAUUUAAAUUUUGGCUAAAAAGGUUCUUACUUGCGCGGUAGAUCAGAUAGCAUUUGCGAUCUUUUAAACUUACCUGCGAUGAUACCAAUUGGGUCAAUUUGUCAACUGUUGUAAAUUUUCUGUUUGGCUGAAUUGGUGGCAACUAAUACUGCAUAUGGUAUCCAAGUUUUUUAAAAACAGAAAUGAGACUUUUUUGCGUUAGGGAAUUUUCUGUUGUACUCGUGCAGUGAAGGAAAGAAAUAAACUUCAUCAUCAUCCUUGACGAAAACUUGUCGAAGGCAUAAAAUUCUGCCUUAUUUGUUGUCCGAGAAUUUUUUUCCAGGCGUAAUCUACUGUGAUAAAGAGCCAUUAUGGCUCUUAAAUGUGAUCGAAGAUGAUUGCUAUUUCUGGGUGUACAUAUAAGGCUAAUAUUUAACAAUUAUUCCUCGAACCCGAAUGGGCUACUGACUUAGAACGCAACAUUGAUAAUAGACCACUAGUUGGUUUUUACUAAAUAGAUUUAGCCAGGGCUAAAAGCGAAGCUCUCGGUAAUAUUUAUAGUUUGUUCAAACAAAAUAUAAAAUCGUGUAAUGCUAAGCGGCGAAGGCAACGCUGGAGAACGGUAAAAAACAAAAACAAACAAACAAAAGGUCUAAUUAGCAAGAAAAACAACUUUGCACGUGCAGCACUUUUUUUGUACAUUUCUUUGCCGUUGGUUUAUACGACUACAACGUGAAAUUUGCAGAAACUUCUUAGUUACACGAUUUUGGGAGAAAAUGUUGUACGUGUUCUCGAUCACUUUUUUUAAGCUUAAGACUUCAGACAAACAAUCUCCGCUUUCCGCUUUCGUCUUUGUGGACUUUUUAGUUGUCUCUGCUUUACAGGACGCCGGUGGCUAUGCGAUUUCCCGCUAAAAUAAUCUUGAGUUGCACUUGGGUUACCUUACCUGUUGAGACUCGGGAGGACAAUAUUAUACAAAUCAUUUUAUUUUGUCCACCCGAGCCUCGAUUUGAUGCCUUUGUUUACAGGAAUGUGGGAAACAUCUAUAUUAAAAACUGAAGAUUUUUUGUUUUUCUUUUCGUUAAGGGUGCACCCGUUUUUCUUGUAAAAUUCGAACAUCCUCCCCCAAGCGAAGUUCAAUCAUUGAGAACAAAAUUUGAAUCUUUGGGAGACGUUUUGUUGAGAGAGAGACUGAAUAAUAAUACCUUUUCAGGAGAGAGAAUGCCAGGUAUGUCCACUUGUAAAAUACGAAAAUACGGCCUUGUCUAUACACAGGUAGCCCAAGCUUAGCAUAAGAGUUUCAUUAAUAUGCGUGAUAUCAUAUUGCGUAAUUCUCAAAAUGCUGGUAAGCAUAAAGUUUUUGUAUGGGAAUUCAGGCAAUAGAUGCUAGGAGAUAAAUAAUUGAAAAAUAGUUUAAAUAUGUUCAUGGGCAUUUUGAAGAUUUUGUGUUUUUUUUCCACACUCGUAAAUGGUAAUGUUUGUUUCGACGCAGAAAGAGACUCAAACCAAGACUGUUGCGACAACAAUAUCAUAGUAAGCGUCAUUUUGCGUCUUUCGUACAGUACAUUGCUGAUGCCGAGUUUUAAUUUGAUUGAUUCAUUAUUUUCAGAAAUAUUGCUAUUAUUGUAUUUAUCUCCUACUGCGAGGCAUAAUAUCAAAGAAUCAUUACUGCCAUGAAAUCACAAUUUGCCCCAUGUUGAACAGUGCAAUCUCACAGUGACAUCGGCUAGGGAUAUUGUUUUUAAUUUAUUGAACAUCUAACAAUGAAACUCUUUCCCAGAAAAUCUCUGAGCGGGCAACAUUUUAAAAUCUAUGACGUCAGAGGGUAACAGUGCACAUGUUGAGACCGCCGUUACAGCGAGGUUUAAUGAAUUUCAAGCUUCAAAAUGUCCAGCUAUAUAACAAAUCACUUAAUGAGUGGUCCCAAGGGAAACACUUAAUUGUGUUUCUCUCGAAUCUCAAUGUUUCCUUCGGCCUCGCCUCGGAAAACAUUGAGAUUCUCGCGAAACAAAAUCAACUGUUUCAGUCAUUAAGUGUUUAAUAUUACCCGUGGGGUGGGGAUGUGGGGCUAAUUAUUUUCCCCUUAGGUUUUGCGUGAGCAUAUGCCAUCCAGGUUGCAAAAUUUAGACGCAUAACCGUGUAGGUAUCUUUGGGGUCGUGACCUCCUGGGUAGGGGGGGGGACGCUUACUUUAGUUUUGUGUGGGUAUGUGCCCCUCAGGAAUUAAGGCUGCACAUGCUAGUAUGGGAAUUUUUAAGGUUCAGUGCUCUCUGCACUUAACUUUACUUUUAAGUAAUGUAUACCUCACAAAACGAAGCCAACAGUGCGAUAAAACGUGUUUUUAAAGAGGGAUGGUUUGUUCACUUAACCCACAUGAACCGUACUGAAGGCCAAUUUACUGUUAUCCUUUAAGAGAGAUUACACUAGACAAACGAUUUAAAAUUCAACGUAAGGCCAGAGACACCUUCAAAGUUAGUCGUCGAAACAUCUUCUAAAUUAGAAUACAGUAAAAAAAAAAGCAUAGCGCUUUAACAACGAUACUCUUUUCAGUUUUUUGGCUUAGCCUUAAUAAUUUUAUUGUUUGUAAAACUGCAGCUGCAUCAAGGCCUUGUAUUGUUAAAGUGUCGGUGGAGUCGGAAUCUGGUAGACCUUUGGGGGAAACGGAAGUGGAAUAUGUUGAUGACCCAGGCAUAUAUCCAAUUUUGUUCCGUCACCUGGCCUGUAAAUAUGAUGGAAGUGAUGGCCAUGCUCGCGGUGAUACAAGUAAUUCUGCCAAUGGUGAGAGCAGUAAUGGCCAGGCCCACGGUGAUACAAGUAAUUCUGCCAGUGGUGAGAGCAGUAAUGGGCAAGGUGAUACAGGCAGUUCGGGAAAUGGUGGUAAGUUACCGUAUUUGCUACUUGCUUAAUAACUAAUAUACCUGAGCUUGUUUGAGUUUCUGAGCACGUGAAAGAAGGAGAAAGUGCCUUCUCUCUGACGUCUCAUAUUACGUCAUUAGCUUCACUCUUCAAUCUUUCUUAGAUUGGUGAUUAAUGUAUAAUGUGAAAUGACAUCAUAACGACAUUAUCAAAUGUUAGAAAUAUACCAACGGAUAUACAUUGCAGCGCGAUAGUUUUCAGUACGUCUUUUUCUGCGGCAUGGAAGUCCCUGUCAAUCGAAAGCCAAAAUAUCUACAGAAACUUUUAAUGCUUGAAAGGGCUAGAAAGAGAUCGUUGACAACAGCUCUUGUCUACUGAAGGCGCGAGAAAUCACUCUGUCUUCAUACUAGAGUGGAACCUCGGUCUAACGAAGGGCCAAGGGACUGGCGAAAUAUGUUCGGUAUAAGGUUUCGUUAUAUCGAGGUUCUUUUCCAGUCAUUUUGCAAUUAGGAUAUUAGAAUAUCGUUCAUUUUACCGAGGACUUUUAUAGAGCUUGGUUAAAUCGAGGAUCCACUGUAAAUAUUGUUUUAACGUAUCCAUUUUUAAAUGUUUGAGGUUUUGCUUUUAUCGUUAAAAGCAAAGCAUAAAACACAAGCAAAAGAUGUAUUUAUUGACAUGACCUAAAUUCUAUCAUCUUUCGCAACACUGAACACCUUUACUUAGGAUUUACCCAACAGCUUCAGUCACUGCAACAUUUGGUUAAUGCAAUAGUAGCAAGUGGUGCUCAGUGGUUAAUUGGGCCGAUAUUUAAAUCUACGGUGGGAAGAAUGUUACUCCAUUCUUGUAAGGAGACUUCGCAAUUACCAGAGGCAAUAGCCAGGAAAAAUGGACAUGAGGAGACUGCAAAGUUCCUUGCAGACAUAACUAAGAGGUAACUUUAAAAAUUCUACCUUUUUACCUGGUUGUAAACUAUCUUCAUAAGUUGUCAGAGAUGCCUUAAAAUGCGAGUAUUAGACAACUUCUAUCCUUUCUACUAGACCUUAUUGACCAUUGCAUGAAGAGAAAAAGUUGGUGCAUAGUUUUUUCUCGCUUUUCCUCUCCUGGGCCGAGUUGUUCAAAGCUGGGUUAAGAUAACCCAGGGUUAGUGUGAGAUUUGAAUUCAGAUUUGAAAGCUUAAAAAGCAAUUCAGUUUUAAUUCUUUUUGUCUACAGGUUCAUGAUUGGAAGCUCUAAAAAUAACAGAGAAAAUUAUCCCAGAAAAUACUUUUGAACAUAAGAAAAAGGAAACCAGGGUUAAAUUUAACCCCGGGUUAAGCGCUAAUCGGCCUUUGAACAACUGGGCCCAGGCGUUAAACACUAAAAGGUCUAAUCAAACAAAAAUAUGAUUCACAAAAUGGGGUCUUGCAAGCUUUACAACAUCAAGCCGCUUACCCUACUAUACUUUCCUUGUGUUUAUCAAUGAUAACAAGAUGAUCGAAGCAAAGAUGCAUAUAUAAUGCAAUAAAAGCCGACAUCGUUAUCUGUCGUGUACUGUCUCUACAGAUUCUCUGAGGAUACAGAGUUUUACCCAGACGAUGUUCAGAAGAUUGACUGGUCGGGGCUUGUUUUUCUUGUUGAAAGAGCUACAGAACAAAAGAUUGGUGGUAAGAUUUAUGUUUGUGUUUUGUCUUUCCUUUUUGUUUGUUUUGUUCUUUUUCCUUUUAAGGUGUGAUUAUUAACAAGUAGAUCGGUUAAUAGUUAAUAUAGUAAUUGGCGGUAUGUUUAAACUAAAAUCUUUCAAAUCCUCUCUGAAACUGCUCUCUUAUUUAUUCAUGAAGUAAAGAGGUAAAAUCGGUGUACAAACUAACUGCAGAAAAAACUUCUGAAAGCAAGGAGUUCUCCCUUUCUCCCCACUGAGUUUCCUAUAUUUGUUUGUUUGUCUGCUUGUUUGCUUAUUUUUUAUUUUGCUUUUUUGUUCACUUUACUUUUUUUUAUUGUAGUUUUGUUUUUCUUUUGUCCUUUUUUUCUGAUUAGACUGUUCACAUUCCCCUCUUUUUUCCGUAAGAUCGACAAGAUCGAGCGCUUUGCGUUACGGGCGGCCAUUUUGAAUGAGUGUCAAAACUACACAGGGGGUGGGGGCCGCCCCCUAAGAAGUUUUAACACUCAUCCAAGUUAGCUGCCCGUAACGCAAAGCGCUCGAUCUCCACGAUCUUACGGAAAAAUAGGGGACUGUGAACAGUCUAUUUUCUCAUGUGACUUGGUGGCUGUUUCUACAUACUGCAUACCUGGCACACACCGAGCACUGAGGUAUUAUUCAUUAAAUGUCUUUGAUUGAAACAGGUAUUGCUGUUGACCAAGAAAACUAUCAGGCUGAGAAUGAUUUGACCGUUGAUACAGGCUACUUUGGGGAUGUUGAGACGUCUUCCGGUAAUCUGUCACCUCAGUCGAAGUCUGAUUCUGACGAUAACAGUUCAGAAAUAUCUUUUCAAGGUAUUAAUAAUGUUAACUCUUCAUAUGAUCAAACUGAUAUCAAACGUGAUAAAAUUCUGUUGUUGUUGUUGUUGUUACAUUGUUUGUUUGUUUUCAGUCAUGACUACCCAGGAAAAGUUUAGCAACGAACCAGUUUUAGAAUAAUUCAUGAGUAUUUUCUUUAAAUGUAAAUAGAGACCUUUAGAUUCUAGGACGAAAAUGACAACGAGUACGAGAUUUCACUAAAAUUUUUUUUCCCGUAUUCUAGCCUCAUUGUACAUCUUUUUCACAAAAAAUAUUAGCGCUGUUAUCUUUAUAGAAUGAGGUUAAGCUAUCUCCCUGCCGCAAAAUAAUGCAGCCUAUAACACUUUAUAACUUGUGUCCGCUAACACGACAUUCUCGCUAAAACUCGUAGUGAAUGACGACGUCUAUCACGUUUUCCCGCCAAAAUGGCGCUGGUUCACGCGCGCUUACUACUUAGUAUUGAGGAAAUCUCGUACUCAUAGUCGUACUCGUCUUGGAAUCUAAAGGUCUCAUAAGAGGUUUUUAUACAACGAAGAUUUAUUGUUUUAUUCCUAAUUCAUCUGAUUUAUUGAAAUUGCUAAAGUUUCCCUACAAUUAACUCUAAUUACGGUGGCUCGAUACAGUUUUUCAGGGCCAACACCUCCCAAGUUUUAGCAUAAACUACGUCGCCAUAAACAAAGCUUUGAAAAAAUUGCCACCACAGUUGUACUAGAUAAAGAUGAAAAUUUGUUGUGAUCAGGGUUGCAAUGACAUCGGAGUUGUCAUAGCAACGAAUUGACGCUAUUACCUAUUUUACUUACAGCAGUAUAUCUCGGCACUGGGAACUGUUCUUCCAAAAUCAUUCACGGAAGCUUUUUCCUCCAAUAGCCGCCUCGAUGUUCGUGAAGUUUAAGCGAAAUCUGUAAGAGUGUUAUCGAGAUAUUUUGGGAUAAAGAUUUUGUGGUUAGAAAUACGGUAAAAAUGGACAAUGUCCAUGUUCGGCUGUUAUCUGUAGAAAACGAAGCGCUUUUGGCAUGCAAUUUCAACUCAUAGUAGUUUCAAUCUUUUCAAAAACGUGUGUGAAAGAUCAUGGCGAUAGCUCCAGCCGAUUGCUAGAAAGAAAGAUUUGAUUAGUAUGUAUCCAGGCGCUCUUGUUAGCGGUUUUUGAAUAUUUUUGUCUACUUUAACAAAUUAGCAAAUAAUUUUUAAACCGCUCAAUAGAUUUUUUUAAAAAUUUAAGAUUCUUGUAAUGACUAAACUUCCACUGAAAAAAGUAGCGAAUUGUAGCCGUUAUUUUACUGCCUUACAAUACAUCAAUAAUUUUGAAACUAAAAGGUCAUAUAAAAGGAAGGUUAAUCUCAAGAAUCUUAAAUUUUUUAAAAAAUCUAUCAACCGUUCUAAAACGUAUUCGCUAAUUUGAUAAAGAAGACCAAAAUGUUUACAAAACCGCUAACAAGAGCGCUUCGAUACAUAUUAAUCAAACCCUUCUUUCUAGCAAUCGGUUGGAGCUAUCUAAAUGAUCUUUCACACAUGUUUUUAAAAAUACUGAAACUGCUCUGAGGUGAAAUUGCAUGUCAAAAACGCUUGAUUUUUUACAGAUAACGUCCAAACAACAAUAUUGCCUAUUUUUUACUGUGUUUCUAACCAUAAAAACUUCAUCCCAAAAUAUCUCGAUAACGGUCUUACAGAUUUUGCUUAAACUUCACGAACGUCGAGGCGGCUAUUGGAGGAAAAAGCUUCCGUGAACGAUUUUGGAAGAACAGUUCCCAGUGCCGAGAUAUACUGCUGCAAGUAAAAUAGGUAAUAGCGUCAUUUCGUUGCUAUGACAACUCCGAUGCCGUUGCGACCCUGAUCAUAAAUUGUCAUCUUUAUCUAAUACAACUGUGGUGGUAAUUUUUCCAAAACGUUGUUUAUGGCGACGUAGUUUAUGCUCAAACUUAGGAGGUAUUGACCCUGAAAAACUGUAUCGAGCCACCUUAAAGUCAGUUGUCACUAAAAUAGUCUAUGGAUUUAAAGGUCAAAUGAACCAAAAUUUCGACAUUUUUUAUUUCAGUUCAAUUCUGGUGUAAUCUGUUUAAUAUGAACCAAAUAAACAUACUAUGAAGUUUCAGCUCAAUUGAAGCAGACAUCUCUGAGAUAUUCGCAAUCAAAAAUUGCUAUUUUGGGGCCCUUAUCUUCGUAGAGCGGUCGAAAAAAUUGUCGGCAAAAACAGCUUGUGACGUCAAUGUUGGUCAGGUGAAAAAAAGCGGGAAAUUCAAAACACUUGACGCAGAAAUUAUGGUGGUUUGUGCGGCCAUUAACCUGGAAAGAACAAGCAAGUUGUCGUCAAAAAUUGCAAGCUGUGGUUAUAACCUUAUUAUUUCAUUUUUUCGAAGAUCACAUCAUAGUAAAACCAGGGCUCAAAAUAACGGCCGGUCAACGGACAAUGUCCGGCCUGAUCGUGGGCUUGACGGUCAAACUCUCGUCUGGCCGGUCAUUUUGACCGGUCAUUUUUGAAUGCUUGUCGCUUAAUGCGUUUUGCUCUAUAACGCUGUAAUUCGCUGCUUUCUUUGGCUUUUUUUGCUGCUUUGCACUAAACCCUUUAAAGAAAAACGUUCUGCUUUGCUGUGAUCAGUAAUGCGACCUUCUUUGGGAAAACAUACGCUAACAAUAAUCCGUUAUUUUUUAGAAAACUAAAGGAUGAGUGACAGUUUUUGUCCAUCAAACGUUUCACAUCUAAUUGUCAGAGGAUUGUGAAAAUCACCUUCGACGGAAUUCGGGCUAAUCGAUCGCUCGUCCUGUACUGUUUCUGUGGGAAUAAAUUUCAGCGCAUCGAUUUAUUAUAAUGAUUUCUUUAUGUCGAACAUGAUCUCGUUGGCAGACUCGAUUCCAGAAUUGUCUGAUAAAAACUAAGCUAAUCGAGAACGAACGUCGCCUAUCUCGGCGCUUAAAAUCCUCCUUCUUGAUAAGCCGUUCGCGAUAAAGUGUUGCGCGACGACCCAAACGAAAGCUCUGCUGUAUAUUUAUUGACUUCUGAUGACGAAUACGCUGUUUGUGGAACAAAUUUCUUGCCAAAUCGACUUCUUUGCCGCAAAUAUUUAGCGACUUUAUUGUGGAGGAGACUUGCGAUCACGUGCAGCGCAACGAAAAGGAUCAAGUUUCACCGAUAUGCAGAUAUAGGACGAACCUUGGAGACUUUCGACACCGCCGUACGAUGAUACUCAAGGUAUAUAUAAACGGACAUAAAACGGGCGAAAAUCGCGGAAAGGAACUCAACAACGUGUGAAUGAAUUUUUCACCAACUUGCCGGCAAAAACCUGAACGACAACGCCGUACAACGAUCUACUGCCAGCGUAAUUCGAUAUUCCAUGGGCAAAAAAAAUAAUUAUAAUAUUCAUUAAUUUGACCGGCCAAAAUCGGGGUUUGUCCGGGCUAAAAAAUAUUUGGCCGGUCAUCAUGACCGGCGACCUGCUGUCCGUUAUUUUGAGCCUUGAAAACGGACUUUAACGACAUUAACUUCUUGACGUUGUACUGGAAAUGUGCGUGCGUAGGUCCGAUUUUUUUCAAGAUGCAUUCACAAAAUGUGUUUAUAUAAGGAAGUUCCUGGAAACAGGGGUCUUUUUUCCAUGAGCAUGCGCACUAAGACUUGAUAAAGAGUACGCGGCCAGUGACAGCGACCGUGGUGCAUAGUCACAGGAACCAAAUUCUUGACUUUGAAAGCUUGCUUGAGAUUCAAAUGUUAGCAGUAACUUAGGAAAGACCUUCGCUGUACAAAAUAAGUAAAGAUAUGAUGAUUUAAAGUGGAGACUGAUGCGCUGAACUAGUUGAAAGAGCAAGUUUCUCAAGGAUGCCUGACACGAACAUGGCUGCUUGUUGUUGUUUGGCGCUCGACUCGCGCCUUCAUUCCCGUUCAAGAACCGCAAAGUUUGGCAUGGAAUGCAUUCUGUGGGAAUUGAGCAAAAUGUUCUUUAUUUAGUGUUUGUCUAUAAAUCGGAUGUAAAUUAGUUUCUCGAUGUCGUGGAGGAUUUCUGUCAAUAAUUUGUGGAUAUCUGAUCCAGCCAUAUUUCGGGAGUGGAUUAAUAACGAUCAGCGGGCGACUAACACGCCGUUAUCAGUUGGAAUAGAAGGUUGUUCCCUUAAGUAUUUUACCGAUACAAAGUUUGUUUAUCGGAAAAUUGUAGAACUUCUUGUUUUUGCGCGGAGUAACAUUGUAACGCAUCUUUUACAGGAAUUUUCUUUUAGCCAAAACUUAAGUGUUCAGAUAAUUUUUAACUUUUGGCCAGCAUCACAUGUUUACUGUAGUUCUUGGGAAACCUAACCGUUUGUUUCAUCAAAAUCGAUCACAAGAUUCGACUUUAAUUUUGGUCCUAUUGAAUGCAGUUUUGACUGUGUCUCAUUGAUAUUCUUUUUUUUUUUAUUGUUCGAGACUACCACCGACAUUUCACCAGGUGACUAAUCUGCAUGUACGUCUCGUGUCCUCUUAAUUUUGUAGCUUUAAAGUGCUGGGAAAACUGUAGCACAUAUUUUAAUUCCCUGCUGAACUGAACACCGGCUUUUGCGCACCUUCGAACCCACUCGCUCAAAUUUUUUCUGUGUUUUAACUUACACGAACAAGUGUUUACUUACAUCAACAAACGUUCGGCACUUUGUCAGUUAGACUUUGAUAAGGUCAGCGCAAUCCUGCAAACACUACAUAUACGCGCGCUGUUGUCCAGGUCAAGUCGGAAGAUGAAAUUUGAUAGUACCUCGGGGUAUGUUAAAGCCGAUCUACUUCGCUUUUGAGACAAUGUUAGAGUUUUUUUGCAAACUACGCAUUUUGUUAAAUCACGAGCACACUCGCCAAGACCAACGAGCAAAAUAAUCGCAAUGAUAGCUUUGAGACGCGUCAUUUUGAUGAAGGCAGACCCUUUGGUGGGCCUCCAUGCACAUCGCUUAUUCAGCGGUCGCGCAUGCUCAUGCAAAAGAGACCGCUGUUGUUCCUGGAUAUAUAAGGUCCGGAGCUCCACUGUGGACACAAAAACAAAAUAUCUAUGUAUAGUGAUAUGCCCAAAGAAAUUCACGCUUGCCGACAAUGUGUUUGAAGUCACUGAACUUUGUGGCACUCGAGCUGAUAUUUUAAAACCCACGCUCGAUCGGACACUUCUAGCUUUGCAGAUCACUAAAAUACAAACAAAAUCCUCAAUGUAGAAGUUUUGGCGUUGAUAUGUGGGCAGAAAAAGAGUUAAUUUUUACCUGGUAAAAUCUUCCCCAAAAUCGGUUUCAAAGCAACUAUAGUUUUUUGAACUUGAUCGUUUCGCGCAGAUAAAUUUUGCUUUGUGUUGUCACGUUGAACAUGCAUAGCACCUGUCAAAAACCUACGCAUAAGUAACAUUUCCUUCACACAAAGUUAAAGUUACAUUAUUGCAAAAACUUCUUUCCAGUUAUGUAUAUAAUUUAAUUACCGACUGACGUCAGUUUAAGGACCGUAAACGCCACUUUAAGCUCGCAAAGAGAUGCGACAAGCAAUGAGCAAUUCCUUCAUGCAUAAAAUUGAGCUUAUUGAGUGAACUAACAAACGCUUCAAUAAGGUUGCAAAACAACAAAUAUUCAUUAAAGACUAGAAGUUCUCAUUGAGAAGGGAAGUGCUGCCGUUAGUUGCGAUGCGAAUAGGACAAAGAAAGUUGUAGAACAGUUGAACAUAUGAAUUAUUUUCUAUUAAAGUCAAUAACUUAGACUUGCUGGUGUUAUCAAACACUCAGAGCGUAAUAUGAAAAAUGAACCGAUCACGAUGACAAAUAUGCUUACAUUCAUGUGACUCGCUAAGGUUUCAAUACCAUUUUGUAAUUCAUUUUAAUAAUUCACGAAAUUCUAAAACAACAGAGCGCUGAUAGGCUGUUUCUUCAUCGAACAAUCAUCGUACAGGAUCGAUGAGAUGAGUUGCGAACAAAUAACGUAAAGGCCAAAACUUGUUAUUUCACAGGUCAGGUAGAUGUACAACACAUGCCGUUCACUUAUGUAACUUACAAUUCUGAUUACCGAAAUAACAAUCUGUGUGACAAAAGCAUAUCGCUAUAACUAAUCUUGAAACCUGAAUUUAAAAAAAAUAAAUCGAAAAAAUGUUCCGUACAAUACUUCUUGAACUGUUCUUACCGUUUAGGCCGUUGAAAAAGACAGCAAGCAUCCGAUAAACUACGAUUUCUGCACAGAUCUUACAUGAGAGCAAAACAAAAUGGCGGUUUGCUCCUAAGAGAAAAACAGGCGCGGCAGCUAAGCACUUGCUUAAGCAAACCGCUGACUGCACAGCGCUGCAGUCACAGAUGACCAUGGAACGAUGGAACCAUUGAACCAUUGAACGAAAAAUCUCAAAUCGCUCAAGAAUAUGGUCUGCUGCCGGCUGAUGCCCGGCAGUAAAAACUUAAGGCUUAAGGCUUUUAUACCUGCUGACAAUGAAGAGGUGAAGUUUCCUAAAGAUCUUAAAAACAAAAGAUCAGUUGCAAGCUUCGCAGCCAAGCCAUGAUUCAUCAUUUGCCUAUUUUUAAUAACUGGUUCAUGCAACGGUCCUCAUUCAAGCAAAUUAAACUCAGCAAACUGCACAUAAGGGUUUGUUUUGCUCGCUUCCGUCAAAUCCAGCUCCAGCAAUUGUUUACGUGCAAAGAGUGAAUUGUUUUGAAGUCACUGCCUGCAGUUGUCGUUCUCAGCUACUUCACAGCGAGUGAAAAGGAAAAUUUGCGUACAGAGUGAAAAAAAAAACUAUGUAAUUAAAAAUGAAAAAAGGAAAAGAACUCUGACUAUUAUUACUUGAGCAACAGAAAAAUGAUCAAAGUAGUCUUUUCUUCUCGAGUAAGCUUGCUGGUCUUCUAUUGUUCCGAGAAAGUUUUAGUUAACAAGUUUGUUCACUCGCAUGCGUUAGCAUGACGGCUCUUUCACUGAACACAAGGAUAAAGCUGCAUGGUUCUGCAAAGGUAAGUAAAUCUGGCAUGUAAAAAAAGAAACCGUAACUACUAAUAACAGAACACGAGCGGCUUUUAAUUCAGCCCGGCGAAAGAACGCGAAGCACUGGAUACAAAAUCAACUCACAAAUCAAAUGCACAAUUAUCAGAAAAAUACAAACCUCUUUGGAAAUGUUCAAAACGUUUUAUUCCACCUCAGACUGACGGAAUGAUCCGUUUUUACUCUAACAUUGGUUGUUCUGAAUCCAAAGUAAUUUUCAAGUGACAAAACAACAACAACAACAAAAGCAAACAAAAAGGCUUCACAAGGAGCAAACGUUCGCACCUUGUGUAUUUCAUUCAGUCUCAGUCAGAACUCUCACAGAGCGACACAAACAAACACAGUCACAACUAACACAGUCAACAAACAGAAAAGCCCGCCUUGAGCCUGCGAUAAGGGAUGCGCAGAAGCUUGCGCAGAACGUUUUUCUGCUCUGAAGACCAACAUUGACGUCACGUAGUCUCCAGUCCACCGCGCGGCCAUUUCAGAAACGUUUUCGUGAAGUCUUCGGAAAUGCUCGGAUUUUGAUCUUUUAUCUUUCUAUAAAGGAUAGGAGAAAAAAAUCUUUACCCAAAUCUCACUUAGGAUGGUUCUUUUUAGUGUUUGGUGAAGGUAAAUCGACAAAAGAAAAUAUUUCAAUUUUGUGGUACACUUGACCUUUAAAGGGGUAUGUUAUGCUGUUUUCUAUCUUUUUAACGUGUCUUCGCAUCAAUUGAAUUCCAAAAAUAAUUUUGAAGUUUUGUUAAUUAAGAAUAUAUUUAGGCAUUAAAAUUGUUUCCUGUCGUUUGUUGCUGCGGGUGGCAAGGAUAAACGUGGAUUUGAACUUGCAACGUCUUCACAUUUUACCGCGAUGCCUGCAAAAAUAACCAAAACAGUUUUAUGGUUAUAGCUCUUAAUUUAAAAUUGUUUGAUAUCUUCUUCAUAACUGUAAAGGAAAAGGCACUCAGUAAUGACUUCAGCACAUAAUUCGACUUGAUUAUUGUCAAUUCAAAUGACCAAAUCGGCAAUAUUCUCGUGACAUAGCUCCUUUAAGUACGCAGUGUCUUUUAGUCCCGUCUGGCUGUUUCAAAACCCAGAUUCCUUUGACUAAUUUCAUCCCCGCAUAACAUAUUAUUUUGAAGAAGAUGAAACACAGCUGAAGACAGACGCUUUCAAAAAGUACAGUGAUGAAAAAGCAGACUUGCCCUCCCCUGAUCUUUCAGAUGUAAACUUUCCCAAAGAAGGUAAAAGUCUGCUUCAUUACGUGAAAUCUAGAUUUGCUGAAGAAUGGUACUCCGUUUUGCCGGUCUCUGAUUGUUUAAUUCGUAACAACCUAACUAUUUACCAGGAGCCAUAAUUGCAAGCGCGGGGUCCACGCGUUUCCAACGAAAUAGCCACCCUCAACGUCACAAACACGCGCGGGAACCUGCAAAUUUGUGCGUCUCUCGUGCGGAAUUUCAGGAGAUUGGCGAUUGGCUUGCGACUCUAUUUGAGCGCGCCCUUUUCUUUCCAAGUGUUUCAAAAACCCAUUAACCUAUCAAAUGGUCGAUAAUGCAUCGCAGUGACUUGAUAUCGAUAAAACCUCCCCUUAUUAGUAUGCGGGGUUUUAUCUUAUAUAAAGUCACUGCACGUGACUUAUGAAUAUUAGUUGGUUAAUAUUUAAUGUUCUUUCAAAGUUACACGCAGUGAAUUUACUGUUGCACAAAAUUAAACUUCGAUCUUUCACCAAUUCAAUCAGCCAAAAGUUCAGUGACUCUGCGGUAAUAUUGGCCUUAGCAAUGUCCAAGUGCUGCACUCAAGAUUUGUAAGGGUCAUACCCGGUGUAAUUAGCAAUUACUGAAUGAGGCUGAGUAGGAUAUGAAGAAUUCUGCAGAUCAAUCUGCACAUUCAUUGAGAUAUAAACGUUGUAAGGGAUGUAUUUUUGUCUCCCACCAUAACCAUUUCAGUUGGUUUGACUAUCAAAAAGUGUUAUAUUAGUUUAUUGUCAGCGUUCAACCCUUCUACAAAAAGGCAAACUCAGGCUAGCAAAGGUACGAGAUGGUCGAUAGAAGAAAUGUCCACUCUUUUAUAUAGAUAUUCUAUUCGUCAACUGAGGAUGAAGAAAGCGUAAACCGACGAAUACAACCGUCUUUAUUCUAAGCCGCAUCUCAUGAAUCCCGGAAACUUUAUGCGAUGCCUUCCUCAUCCACAAACCAAAUACUGAACAAACCGUCAAAUCAGCUUUUGCUUCAAAGAAGUAUCUUGAUGGCACCUUUAUUUCAUUUUGUAACGGUGCUGUAGAAGUACACGAAAAGUGAAAAACUGAAAAUUACACAAAGGUUCACUUACUGGCAAACAAAGUUCAAGAUUGUGAAAGGUUUGAACCCAGGAGUCAUUUCAAAAGUAGGUUGAGUUUGAUCGUUCGAGUGAACGUAGUCGUGAGGAGGACUGUUGUUGUUGACAGUGACUGACGUUUCGACAACAUGUGUGGUAGUCAUCUUCAGAGUCAAAGUGAUUUGUAUCACGUCAGUUGAUGGUAUUAUACUCUGGUUAUUGAUCUGAUUGGUCAAUUACGUCGCGAUGUUAUUGGUCGUCUGUCAGGUAAGCCGUGAUGUUAUUGGCUAUGAAGACUCGUAAUCAGUAAUUGGUGCGUUUCGAUCCGUCUAUUGUCACAGUUAAACAGUCGUCUAUUGUUAGUCAAAUUGUCAGUUCUCCAGUCCUUCUCUCGUAGUUAGUUUUGCUUGAUCUCGUCAAUAAGUCGUUUGUACGGCGCUGGUAACUGUUGGCUACGAUUCAGUGGCGUUUGUUCUAAGUUAGUAAACCAGCUUUCUAAAGUAAGACGUUGGUAGUAGUCUGUAGAAUUACGUUAUACAUGUCGCAGAGUCCCAGUCAAUUUGAUGUUUCGUCUUUAAAUGGUGCUCAGCAAUGUGAUUGUUGACGACCAAUAACAUCGCGACGUAGUUGACCAAUCAGAUCAAUAACCAGAGUAUAAUACCAUCAGCUGACGUGAUACAACUCACUUUGACUCUGAAGAUGACUACCGUACAGGUUGUCGAAACGUCAGUCACUGUCAACAACAAUAGUCCUAUUCAGGACUACGUUCACCUGGACGAUCAAACUCAACCUACUUUUGAAAGUUCAAGAUUCUGCGUAGUUUUUACGCAUAAAUUUACCUGUCAAAAUUUCAAACAGUCUAAGAUUAGAUAGGUCUUGGAGCGUAUUAAAACGCGUGACCAAGCUAAAACCAAGUCCUUAAAAGUUAAAAACAAGAAACUUAAAUCUAGAUUUUUACUGGAGUAACUACAUGGGUUACCUCUAAACGGGUUUAUUUACCAAGAAAAACACAAGUUACAUGUGUGAAACUCCCUUAAUUAAGGUCCUUUACUGAGAGUCCUGUCCCCUACCCCAAAGUCUGUACAGACGGACGGCGGACGCUGACGUCAUAACCAAGUUUUCUUUCAUCUAUUGUUUUCCAAUUUAUACAGCAAUGAAGGCUCCGCUUCCGCGGAUGCUUCGCUAAUAUACUUCCAGAAACUAUUACCUCGAUCCAAGCAUACACUGACCAGUGUCGGUAGCUACUCUUAAUUGGUAAAAGUUUGUCAAUAAGCACUGGUGAUCAUCAUUAUCAAAAUCUCUGACAACGUUUAUAUCUUACUGAAUGUGCCAACUUCAAACACAGCAGCAAACCUUGGACGAUUUCGAGGUGUGCACUAUGUGAAACUUGUUGACCAUUGGUAGAAAUUCUCCGCCGAUACACUCGUAUUGGCAAAAAGAGGGAGUUAACAAUAGCAUAGCCAAUUUUAGAUGUCUGUACUUAACACCAUUUGCGUUAAUCUAUUUCCAAUACAGGAAAGACUGUAGACACGCUUUUCUGGUUUAAUAAGGGUGCUAACGCGAUUGAGAAUCUAAACAAGGACAGAUCUUUACAACCCGCACUUCACAGCCCUGCUACAGUCUGUAGUGGUUGCCUGAUGUCUUUAAAUGACGUAAAUGGCAAAGGAAGACGGUACAAAAACAGAGGGAUUUGCAAAGAAAACUUUUUUCUUCAAAUGUUGCCAGAUUUGCAAAAUUGGAAAAGUGUCUAUCGACAUGGCGUUUCCAUUCUUCUAAAACUUGCUUCCGAAGAUAUACCUCGUCACUUAAGUACAAUGCACGAAAGGUGGAUCACCCGAAUACAGUUAAACAAGAAUCUAACAGAAGAGACCACACAACUGCUUUCAGUAGUCAUGUGGAAGAUUGAGCUUAACCCAGCUGAAGGUGGUUCAACCAGAGUGACCCAGCCAGUGGUUACGAUGAAAAGUAACUUUGUUCAAGGUGACUGUAAACUAAUUCUAGCAAGAACAAGAUUUAAACGCCUAAUUGAAGAUUUACUAGUUAUACGUUAAUUUCCUUUUAUUUUUAAGUAAGAGAAUGGAAAUUUCGUACAUUUGAUAUAAGCUUCAGGGGACACUGAAUAAAUUAAAAAAACUUGGAUUUAGAAAAACAGUAAGCGUUUCAUCGUGAACCAUUUUUCAGCCAGUAAACGACGAAAGUUUAAGACGUUUCACUCAUUCUUUCGUAAUUGCCAAAAACAAAUGUCUGUUUUCACUGAGAAUCUAAUAGGUCGGAUUUUAUCUGUUGCUGGCCAUGUUUCCUACAAAACUUUAGCUGCGAUGGAUUAACUGUUAAAAGUAAUGGAAAAGCCGAGGUUGUGCUUUACGUGAUUAAACUGAAAGUGUGUGCAGUUUUGAUCAUCUUUGUUAAAACCUAAUAAAGUAUUCUUGUGCUCAGGCUUGGAGUCGCCGUACAUUGAUGAUGACAUCUCUGUACAAGAAGAUUCAACAAUGAGAGGAAGGCUAUUUGAUCAAGCAGUUUAUUCUAGUUGUCCUUCAGCUUCUAAACUUUGGGUGCUGAAUUGCUUGUACCGCCCAACAAUGAAGACUUUUUUUGUUUACGUGAGUUUUUCAAAUCUUUUAUAAUGUCUUUUUAAAAUGAUCAUAGUUGAGUUAAUUUAAUUAGAGAGCUAUAUUAUAUAUCUGCUUGUUGUUUUUUACUUAUAAAGUCGUCCGUUCAGUUUACGCAGAUAAAGCCAAUGGACCUUUUGAAACAGUUUGAAUAUUUUUUGCAGGUCUUUCCUUUCAGAAUAAAAACCUUUUGAGAGGUUUUGAAAAAGAACCAUUUAAUAUUAUUUUACCUGAAUGUACUGGUAACUAACAAAAUUGUCAACUUUUUUGUUAAAAGCUCUCGUAAGCGACCGCCCCGUUCCCAAUACCUUAUCAAUGGUCGCUUAUGACAACCCCAGCGGGGGAAGAGACGAGGUCUGGGACCGAGAAACUAUGUUCUCACAACUUGCAAAGCGGUCACCCUGCGGGGUGGUCAGCGGAUAAUUGAAGCGUCUUUCCCACAGUAAAUAUUUUUAAACUUUUUAGAAGAAGCGAAUCGGCAGAGGAAAUCAGAAACGCUUAAAGAAUUGAAAAAAAUAAUAUCAUGCAUCUUUGUUUUUCUCGCAUAUUGCAUUUGUCUUUUCGGUACUGAAAUUGCGGGGGAAACUAAAACGCAACCGUGUUAGAUCUUAACCAACAACACAGCUGAACAACAACGCGCUCGAUCGAUUUACAGGUUACAUCGUUUUUGCCGGACAACGAUAACUUGAUGCUGAUAAAAAUUACUGAAGAAAGUGUCAAAUUUAUCGAAAGCAAGUAUAUUCAGAGAGCUUGAUAAAUAUGAGCUUACAGCUCUACUUAUCAUAACUGAAUAUUCACACUUCAUAACAUUUCACUUCGUUUAUUACGAUCAGUCAACACCUUGAAUCCAAGGUUAAAAUUCAAAACGAUCCUAACAGACAAAUCACAACUACUACUACUGAAAGCUCUGUACCUUGAAGCGACUUUAACUUUCCUAAGGUUUGCAGCAAAACACUGCUCGAUAGCUCAACUCUUCCGCGGUUCUUAUCAGCUAUACGGAGCUAUAUGUUGGAUAUUCCAAACUUUGCAGAGGGAAAUUGUUUCACAGAAAAGGAAACCACACACUAUGUCUGAAAAGCGACAUAAAAUCAAUAAAUUUGCGAAUUACCAAAAUAUAAUAGUGAGAAACAGUCCCGCCUUCGACCGCCAUGAUUUUGUUUCUUCUCAAGACCGUUGAUCUAUGGGUUUUGACGUAAUGCGCAUGAUCAGUACACAAAUCCGCUGGCAAAAGCCUUGCUGAUCGCUUUGCAAGUUGUGAGAACAUCGUUUCGAUUGUAUUUAAGGAAAUGUAUGGGAAGUAGCGCCCCCGGACAACCCAUUCUCCAAAAUGUUCGAACCAUCUCUAGUUGCGACCACUUUUAUGAAUUCCCGACGUGGUGGUUUACGAGAGCUUUGACUUAAACUCAUUCCAUUCCAAACAUUUUGGCAUUCGAAGAAUUUUAUGUUUUUCACCUUUCCAUUUCAGGGAGCACCAACUUUCCGACUUUCACAAGCUAUAGCUGCAACCAAACCCUUUAUCCUCUCUUGUGGCAACCUAAAGUUGGUGCGUCACUUUUCAGAUGUACGUCUAGCCGUCUUCCCCGUGAUAAUGAGUAAAAACUCUUCCUUGCGCGUUCGCGUUAGCCCCAACCGUGCUCUUUGGUCCCUGCUACUGAAUUACACUUUGUUUUGUUUUAGAUCGGAGAUAGCCAGGAUUUCUUUCCUCUAGAGUGGUUCGAAGAUGAAGAUUGUGAACUGUCAACAAAUUGCUGGAAAUGGUGCGAAUAUAGAGACAGAUUAGGAGAAAGAGUGAUGGAAGUGCAAGAGCAGUCAGGUACGUGAAAGCCGUGAGACUACUCUUAUUAAUAAGAAUCACUACUUUUAUUAAAAAGAACUAACCGCAGUUCUUCUGCGCGCAAACACAUUAAAAAUAUUCUCCUUUCAGGGUAGGUAAUAGACCAAUUUCGAUAAUUUAAAAUUCAUACUUGGCUCCAAGGCUCGGGGGAAUGAAACAAAAGAAAUGCAUUAUUGAUUGCGAACCUCAACAUGAUUUAACAACAACAACACUUUAUUCCGUUUACAAACCUUGACAAACCGCAGUUAGCAUAGCUAAUCGAGGCGGUUGUGAAAAAUAAAAACGAAAAUUAACAUUCUUUCUAAGUAAUAUAAAUUAAAGGAAAAUUGUUACAUCGAAUAUGUAAUAUAAACAGUUAGUUGAAAAUAAAUACGUAGCAAUUAAUGAAUGAGGCUGAGUAGGAUGUGAAGAAUUCAGCCCAUCGAGGAGUUAUCGGCCUCUAUGGAUAACACCCUCCGAGAUCUGCUUAAUUCUUCAUAUCCUACGAAAGCCAAAUUCAUUAAUUGCUUUAUUAUUUAUUCAAAAUAAUUCCUAGUUUAAAAACAUAACUAAAACAUACUUGCCCGCAUCGAUGUUAAGUUUAUCUUCGAUAGUGCACGUUUAGGUUUGUCCAGCACCGCAAAUAUUCUCCAAAUAGCAGAUGUCGGCCUUCGAGUUGUCUUCUCGGUUAACGGUGCAUUAACCUGCAGAAGGCUGCAUUUUUGACGUCAUUUUCUCGUUAAACACAAAAUUCUUCCAGGUUUGGUCAUCAGUAACUGGUUAUGGUGAAUUAUGCGUGUGCUUUUAGCCAAUCAGAAUUGGGGAAAUAUUUUGAAUGAAUAAGAAAAUGCUUUAUUGGAUUGGUGUCAAUUUAUGUCUGCUCGGACAUUUAAAGUAAACAAAUCUAAAUCAUGAAUCCUCGAAAGCUUCUCAUGAUAUUUUUUCUUAGGUAACUCAUCAGAUAAUGAGUUAUUGAAUUGUCCAUGGCAAUUUAGGAUAUUAACACCAUGAUACGGCAACUCUUUUAAGAUAGAUUUUACAGUUUUAUGAAUCAUUCAGGCUUUACCUGGAAUACUGACUGUCAAUAGGUCUGCAUUUUCAUCAAAAUUAAAGCUUGCAGGGUUGAUAUUACGAGCUUCCCUUCGUGGAGCCAUGACCUUGUCUCGUGCAAGGCGGCGAACAAAUUUACAAAUAAACUUGCUUGUCUCUUUUUCUACUAAAAGCCACCCCUCCCCUCGUCCUCUCUCAUGAGAGCUAAAGGACUUUAAAUAGCGCCUGAUUAUGAUGAAAGGAAGGUUAGGAUAUAAACUAAGACAAGAUGCACUCGUAAAACGAAAAAAUAAUUUAAAAAAUAACCUAAAUCAGAAACCCUAAAGUACUAAUGAGCCGUCGGCCGCAGUCAGGAUUAGGUUAACCAGUCUUACAGGUGUUGGAUUUCGUUAAAAAUAACUGAAAAAAAAUGGAAGACUUCUUUUUUAACAGCUUCAAAGGCGUUUCUUCGUUACAAGAUCGACCUAAAUAACCAGAACUUGUUCGAAUUACGAGACAGAGCGGUGAAAGAACAAAGGAAACUGCAAGAGGACCCCGAAGUCAAGGUAAAGUAGCAAAGACUUAUGAUAUUACGUAUUCAAACCUUUCUGUAUGUGCGUCUGACGGGCUGUCUGAGAAACAGAGAAUACUUCAUGGAAAGUGCUGGCGUACGGUAUUUACGCAGCGCCGUUGACGUAUCAGAAAUCGAACGAGUGAGCGCAGCGAACGAGUAAGAUUUCUGAUACAAAAACAACGAGUGCGUAAAUACCGUACAAAGCACUUUCCAUGUGGUAUUGUGUUUAUUAUAUACAUACUGAGACAUUCAUCAUUUUGGCAGCCUUUUUAUUUUAAAUCUUUCAAAAAUGCUAAAAUUUGCUGCCACACACUUACCGCAAAAUCACAACGAAAACGAAGUAUCAGCUUUUUUAGUAAAAACGUCUGUUAACAACAUAAUGACGGUAAGGAUAUGAGGUAAUCCAAGAACUAUAAGUAAUCUUAACUCUUUGUUCUCAAUGCACAAUUGAAAAUGAGUGAAAAUAAGUAAAAUGGCCGGUUUCAAUAUAAGCUUAAGCUUAACUGAAAGGCAAAGUAGCUCCGACAAAAAGCACAACAAAAGCUUACGUCUCGUUCUGUUUUUCCCUUUCCGCUGUUGUUUCGCCGGCUCUCUACCGUUUUCUUUAUCGACAGUGAAACAAACGAAACUAUUCCACAUGUUUUUCACUUUUCUAGCGAGAAACACUCUUUGAGUAAAACUUUUCUCGUUGAAUGUGUGCGAAGCGGCGCUGCAAGCUGCAAUAAAAGGCGGGAAUUUUGGCGCCAAACUCACACACCUUUGUGGCUUCUGACUGGACGUAUCAUUUUUCUCACACGUGAAAAAACAUCGUUCGCGAUUCUGAUUGCACGUAUCAUUUUUUUCACGUGUGAAAACUGUCGUUCGCUCCUCUGACUGGUUAGGACUAAUUUGCGUACGAAAAUUUACAUUGCUUUUUGGUGAGUAUUUCUCAGUAUGUAUAUAAUAAAACUAAACUCGCUCUACUCUCGGCUAGAUUCAAAGGCAUAGACAAUACUCAUUCUAGGGGUGAAGGGUUAGAAAUAUUUAACAUACGUCAGAAAAAUUUGUUCGGUUUGAUCUUCUUUCAGCAAGACUCAUCAUCUGCAACGCGUUUUUCGCCCCGGGGGGUACUCCCUUAUAUAGGCUAUAUAGGUAUGUGCGGCGCCAAAGGAUAUGUUUUUUUAGCCGUUUUUGUCUGAAAUAGAGUAUCAAUUUCGACCAUUUUUGUCUGAAAUAGGGUAUGAUUUGUGCACUCUAGUCUUAAAUUGGGUAUGUUUUUUAGAAGAAGCUACUUCUUCAUCGUUUGGCGAUAAGACCAUUUCCCUUUUAAUGUUUGCGCCAACCGUGUACGUGCCGUAACAGCUUGUUUGUUAUCAGUUCGCCAAGUAUUCGUAAUUUUCAGAAAAUGUUUGCGAGAGAUAUCAUGUGACUUAUCAAGAGGAUGAUUGAAUUAUUGUUCAAGUUUAUGGCAGCAUAAACUGUUAUUAAUAAACCUGAGAAUGAUGCCCUGUGAAAGCACACUUAGGACAUACUAGCAACAAUCAUGUCUUGGUUCUUAUGUCACACAACGUGCAACAUUUGUAUAAGCUUUUGUACUCAGUAAUGGUAGAUACUAGUUCAAAGUACAAGAAAAAACAAUGAACACUAACUAGUUGUUUGAUUACAAUGUAUCCUUCUUCUUUGGCAAAGUCCACUGUAAUGUAGCAUGAUAUAUUACUAGACUCCACAAAGGUUCCAUUCAUAUUAUCACAUGCUUAUCAUGCACUUGUGCUCCUCUUUUUGUCGUACACUGUCCUUUCCCAGUCAGUUCGUUUAGAGCUUCGGUUCAUUCACAACAGCGUUUUUUCGCCUGGUCUACUUCCUCACAAAUCGCCUCGCUUAAAUCGACUUUCAUAACUUAGUGUACCAUGCCAAGGCAAAGGAGGAACAUCAACCGUCGAAAUGCCGUAUUGGAUGGCGCCAACGUGCCAGCAGAACCAACAGACUACAGCGCCAUGUCUACCGAAGCUCUUUGCCUCAUGCUGGGAGAACGUCACCUCCAGCAAACCGGGAAUCGCUGCGAACUUAUCUCGCGACUACAACAGAAUGAGCAGCAAAGACCGCCCGCAUCACAAUCAGCAAGCGCCCCGUCCAACUCCAGUAUCGCCACCGGCGUUCCACGCGCGGAAUUGGCUACCUUAAUCGCCUCCAUAGUGGACGAAAGGAUGAACCGCCAACUAAUCCAAGAUGGCGGUUGCCAGCAAUGCCAGUGCUUAACUCACUUGGCCCAGUCCUCCGACUAACCUUCAGGACAGCCUCAGGUCCAGUCCUCCUCCACCGCCACAAGAUGGCGGCCAAAACACGACACGUCAACAACAACGUUCCCUUCAAAAUCCUCCAACAGGUAAUCUCCCAAACACCGCCGUUUCUUCUGGUCUCGCCGCUUCUUCUGGUCUUGGGUGCCUCUCUUCUUCGGUCGACUUUUCCGAUCCAGCCCAAGUAGCGUCGCUUCACCCUAACUUCCGACAGCCUUCCCUCGCCAGCCAUCUCACUAAAGCCACCUCGAUGGCCAUCACCAACGGUGAGUACGUGGACUUUGCUACCCUUUUACCAAUGACCUCCCUUCUCACUGACACCAUCCAUUCCCAUCUUAACCUUAAGGUAGGCGAUCAGGGUCUAACUAUCCCCCUUCCCUCCUCCUCUAAACGCCCCAAAAUCACCUCUAUCGAUCGAUGGCUCGAUGCCUUUGCCAUAUAUUCCGCCGUUAUAGUGUCUGUAUAUCCCUCUCGUGCCGCGUAUUUAAUAGCCUAUCAACAGUUGAUUCGCGAUGCGGCACGAAAGUUUCCUGGGAUGGCUUGGUAUGUCUAUGAUGUGGAAUUCCGAAGGCGUGCCUCCCAUAACCUUUCUGCCAAGUGGGGGGAACGGGACGUCCAGCUCUACCGCAAUACCUUCACAGGGCUCCCCAAAUCGGGAUGCCGAUCUUGCGGCAGCACUGAUCAUCUUUCUGAUACCUGCCCUUUAUCUCCUCGUAGGUCCCGGGAUGCCCUUACCCAAUCCGACCUGUGCGACAACUUUAACAAAGGCCGACCCUGUGCUCGCACCCCAUGCCCUUACCAACACAGGUGUAACCAGCCGGGAUGCUCAGCAGCUCACUCUUGGGAAGAUCACACUAAACUCACCCGCCACAGAGAGGACAGACCUAAAUCGUCUUCAAGCUCUGGCAAUUCCUCCCGAGUACACUCCUAACUACCUCUCCCAACUGCGAACUGACCCCUCCCACCCCCAUUGACGUCAACAAAUUUGCAUCCUACCUUCAGGGCCAUCCCGAUCACACAACAGUUAAUCAUCUUCCACAGGGUUUUCUCAGGGCUUUAAGAUUGGCUAUUCAGGUCCAAGGGCCCCCAAGGAAUAUUCUAACCUUCCCUGUGCAAAUAUCAACCCAUCUAUUAUUGACAAAAACAUGCUAACAGAGGUUACCCAGGGCCACACAGCAGGGCCUUUUCACAUCCCUCCCUUCUCCAACCUGCAGGUAUACCCCAUUGGGGUCAUUCCCAAGAAACACUCUUCGGAAUGGCGUACCAUUUUCCAUCUCUCCUACCCCAAACACCGCCCCACCAGUGUCAAUGCCCAUAUUCCUCCCGAAUCCUAUUCUUUGCAAUACAGAAAGGUGGACCACGCAAUUGCCAUUCUUCAGGAUCUCGGUCCAGGAUGCUUCAUGUCCAAACUAGACAUAAAAUCAGCAUUUCGCAAUGUUCCCGUCCACCCCUCUGAUUGGGAACUUCUGGGUAUGAAAUGGGAAGGGCUCUAUUUCUUCGAUAUGGUCCUCCCCUUCGGUCUCAGGUCGGCCCCCUUCCUUUUUGAUGAAUUCUCUUCUGCGGUUGAAUGGAUCAUUCAAACUAAACUUAAUAUCCCAAAGGUUAUCCAUAUACUAGAUGAUGACUGCUCUAUGCCAAAUUUUGUACCUUUUUACAGAUCUAAAUAUCCCCAUAGCUCCUGGGAAACCUUCCCUGCAUGCACAUGCCUUGAAUUUAUGGGUAUCCUACUAGAUUCCAAUAAAAUGGAAGCCCGUCUCUCAGUGGAUAAACUCACCCGCAUUCAGGAAGACCUUGGUCAGUGGACUACUAGGAAAUCUGCUACCUUGCAGGAGCGACAGUUUCUGAUUGGCACCCUUCAAUUUGCUUGUAAGGUUAUUGCCCCUGGCCGGCCCUUCUUGCAACGCAUUAUCCACCUUACAAAGGGUAUCAAGUUCCCCCAUUGGCAUAUUCGCCUUAAUUCCGGUUUCCGUAAGGUCAUUUCUAUGUGGCAGCAUUUUCUCCAAAAUUGGAAUGGGGUGUCUCUCUUUUUAGAUACCCAGGCCACCUCUCCGCCGGAGCUUCGGCUAUACACUGAUGCUUCUGGUUCCCUUGGGUAUAGGGGUUUCUUAGCAGGGGAAUGGUUCCAGGGCCACUGGCUCCCCCACCACACCCUCAGCCAAAAAGGGGGUAUUAGUAUUGAAUGGCAGGAGCUAUUUCCCAUAUACUUGGCCUGUAUUUUAUAGGGUCCCCGUUGGUCCGGCAAAAGAAUGCGCGUGUGGUGUGACAACAAGUCAGUGGUGGCUAGCAUAAACUCUAAACACUCCAAGUCCCCCCGGGUAAUGAACCUUGUUCGAACAAUCACACUUCAAACGCUCCAAUAUAACUUCGCAUUCACAGCUACUCACAUCCCGGGCUUAGACAAUUCUAUCGCUGAUUCCCUCUCCCGUUUUCAGAUGGACCGCUUCCGUACCCUGGCUCCCUCAGCCUCUCCCACAGCCUCCACCAUCCCUCCAUCAGCGAUGAACAUCUGAGAGGUUCUGUACAGCGAUACCUUCAUGCUUCCCUUGCCCCUUCCACUGGACGCACCUAUCAAGUUGGCGUUGAGCACUUCCUCACCUUUACACUCAUGCAUGGUUUAGUAGGCCCCUCAAACCCCCUCCUACCAGCCUCAGAGAUAACCCUGAUGUAUUUUGCAUCUCAUUUAGCCAACACAGUAUCCUAUGAAACAGUCAAGCUGUACUUGGUGGCAGUGCAGGACCUUCAUCGGGAGCUUAACUUUCCUCUUAAGCUCAAUGACAUGCAUAGGUUACAAAAGGUCCUGACAGGCAUUAAGCGUCUCACUCCUACCAAGCGGCUUGACCGUUUUCCCAUUACCCUUACAGUUCUCCGUUCCAUUCACUCCUACCUUAAGCCCGAACUUUCCUAUAACCUGGACCAUGUUAUGCUUUGGGCGGCCUUCACCCUUCCUUUUUUGGGUUUUUAAGAUCCAGUGAAUUCACUUGCAAUGGCCCCUUCGACCCCUCUGUCCACCUCACUUCCAAGGACAUCACACUGGUACCCAACUCCCACUCACCCAGCCACAUGCUAGUCCACAUCAAACAAUCCAAAACUGACCCCUUCAGACAGGGCCACACAAUCACCAUUGCAAAGUCCUCGUCACCCAUCUGUUCGGUGAUGGCCAUGAAAGACUAUCUCCUUCAAGUCCAGCUACCAUCAAGCCAAACUCUGUUCGCCUUCGUCCAACCCAGACAAUGGCUUACACGGAACAAUCUCACAACAGAGCUUAAGUCAAUUCUUCAACACUGUGGUCUCCCUGCCAACAAUUUCUACUCCCACAGUUUCCGUAUUGGAGCCGCCACCACAGCAGCCAAAGUUGGCCUUCCACCCUGGCUUAUUAAAGUUCUAGGCCGCUGGAGCUCAGACUGUUAUGAACGCUAUAUAAGGACCCCUAAAUGUACCAUUUUAGAAGUACCUAGACUCUUAGCUAAUACUAGUCCAUAACUAACUUCAGGACAGCUAGUAUUGUCUUCAACUUUCGUCAGAUCACUUGCAAAGUCUCAUAGGAGCGGAAGGUAUGGCUCCCUCUUCUUGCAGGAGCCCGACUUUAUUCGCCUUCUACUGUGGGGGGAUUGUGUCGCCUGUCUCCCCAUGCUCCACAAUCCGUGGCAGGGAAGUGCAACCCCUAGCUGCACUUUACUCCACAGUAAGGCUUAGCCCUUGGAGACAGGUCCGGAAAAAUAUCCACUCCAGAGUGUGAACCCCCGGUCCCACCUGAUCUGUACUCCACCCAGGAGGGCCACCCCUCCUGGCUCCCCUCAGUUCCUGUACUGGGGGAUAUGGGCCUCACCCCCGGAGACUGAUCAGGACUCCUGUCCAGGGUGGCUACCCCCGGUACCACUCGAUCUUGUCUCCCCCCAGGAGGGCUUCUCUCCUGGUUCCCUUAUCCCUAGAUUUAAGCGCUUCCCUGCCACCAGAAUUUUGCCCAUUACCCUUUGUGUGUUUUCUGUGUGGUACCGAAAUAAAGCAUUUAUGCGAAAAACACUGCCAAUUGGAAGAGUGUAUUAACAGACUGAUAUGGUAUAUCUGUGUGCCGAAUUCCAAUUAAGGUCGCACCUUUUUGUUAUUAAGGAAGUAGCCAGUAAAUCGUUUCAAUAGACCUCUUUAGCUUGCAUGUUUUGUUUUCCCAUUACAGGUCAUGUGAUAAUGCUCUAGAGAAUUGUUUCUUUCAAAUUUUGGAUUAUUCAACUGCAUAUAUAUACAAGUAAUUUAUGAAAAGACAAAGGGUCACGUUUCCCUGGAACCUCUAUUGGGAAAACAAAACAAACAGGCUAAAGAGGUCUACUAUUCCAAACCCUGGCACAGGCCCUGAAAUACUUGACUAUGAAUUUUCUUGUCCGAAGACCAAACUUGCUUUGGGCUUGACUCAACACAAGAAAACACGAUUCACGCCCACAUGAUAGCUUUCUUAUUUGUGUAUAAACGCGGGUCAACCUGGCUGGCUCAGUUUGUGAUCUCUAGCCUAGUCAAUUUUUUUCUUUCUCAAAAUGUUGAUAUGUUCGUAUGCCCGGCCGGGCAACACAGUUAGCGAGAUCUCGGUAUCUGCCACCGUGAGCUUGGUUAUCGGGCUGGACAUUUUUCCUUAUUAACAUAUAUUGUACGUAAUUUAUUUCGCAGCUAUCUGGCCCGAAGGCUGCUUACUCACAAAGAGAGACUGGCACUUCUAGUGAAACUAGAAACUUCGUUUACGGAUUAGGAAAAGAAAAAGCGUAUAAUAAACUUGCCAAUGUCCAACACAGUCCGAGAGAUUUUAAAGCAGCAAAAAACUACCAAGAACGUCGCCUUAAGAUUGAAAAAGAACUGGCUAACGGAUCGGGGGAAAGAGAGCUUUGGCGCAUUAUUGGCAAGACCCUUGGUCAACUGGGAGAUUUUAAGGCAGCAAAAGCCUCUUAUGAACGUCACUUGAAAAUUGCGAAAGACCUGGGUGACAUAUCGCGGGAAGGAACGGGGUAUAAUGAUCUUGGCAACGUCUAUUGCCGUCUGGGAAAUUAUAAAAGAGCCAUAGACCAUCAUGAACGUCACCUGAAAAUUGCGAAAAAACUUGGUGAAAGAUCAGGGGAAGGAGUAGCGUUUCGCAAUCUUGGCAACACCCAUUGUCAUCUGGGAGAUUUAAAAGCAGGAGAAGACUGCCAUGAACGUCACCUGAAGAUUGCGAAAGAGCCGGAUGACAUAUCGGGGGAAGGAACGGCGUAUGGGGAUCUUGGCGACGUCUAUUACCGUCUGAGAGAUUGUAAAAGAGCCAUAGACCAUAAUGAACGUCACCUGAAACGUGCGAGAGAACUGGGUGACAGAUCAGGGGAAGGAGAAGCGUUUCGCAAUCUUGGCAACGCCCAAUGUCAUCUGGGAAAUUUUAAAGCAGCAAAAGACUGCCAUGAACGUCACCUGAAGAUUGCGAAAGAACUGGGUGACAUAUCGGAGGAAGGAAACGCGUGUAAUGAUCUUGGCAACGUCUAUUACCGUAUGGGAGAUUACAAAAGAACCAUAGACUAUUAUGAAUGUCACCUGGUAAUUGCGAAAGAACUGGGUGACAGAUCGGGGGAAGGAGUGGCGUUUCGCAAUCUUGGCAACACCCAGUGUCAACUGGGAGAUUUUAAAGCAGCUAAAGACUAUCAUGAACGUCACCUGAAGAUUGCGAAAGAAAUAAGUGACAGAUCGGAGGAAGGAGUGGGGUAUAGCAAUCUUGGCAACGCGAAAUAACUAGGUGAAAAAUCAGGCGCAAGGAACUAUGUUAAGAAUUACCGACCAAUCUCAGUUCUUCCCCUGGUGUCAAAGAUUAUGGAGCCCACUAUUCAAGUACAAUUCUUUGCUGUUUAACAGAACAUGACUUACUGUCAGUCCACCAGUCGGGUUUUCUAAAGAAGCACUCUACUGAAACUACGGUAGUUUACCUCUGCACUGAUUAUAUUUUGGAACAUAUGAAUAGGCAAAUGAUUACAGGAGCUGUGUUUAUUGACUUGAAAAAAUGCUUUCGACUUGGUCGACCAUGAAUGUUUGCUUUUUAAGCUACAAUCCUUGUCAAAACGUUGUGUUUCAGGUGGCGAAAAUGUAAUUCAAGUUGAUCCCCAUCCCCCACCACUGAAUAGUGUUGGGUGUUACAAGUCAAGCACCUUUUACAUAUCUUGCAACAGCUAAGGACCUCAACUUUGUUCAGGGGGGGGUGGGGGAAAAAUCUUGUUAAGGCCUUGUUUGUGAGUGUGUAUCGCAGGUUAAGCUGCAAAUUCCAUACAAAAACACGUAAAAAAGGGAAGGUGUCCCAAAACCUUUUGGCCAGGAUUGUAGAACACUAUGGAGUCAGAGGAAACAGUCUGGAUUGGUUCUGGAACUAUCUGACCUCACGAACUCAAAGAGUGCAAUUUGGAAAUAACAUGUCCUCAACACGAGCCAUCCGUUUUGGCGUCCCUCAGGGUUCAAUUGUGGGGCCUCUGCUUUUUGCUCUAUACGUUAAUGACCUGCCUCAGUGUUUAGAAUUGUUCUAUUAAUAUGUAUGCCGAUUAUACUGUAAUGCAUUUUACGAAUCUUUGCACCUUGGAGAUAGCUAGGGUAGUACAGGAUGAUUUAAAUCGAGUUGUGAAAUAGGUGGAAAGUAGCAGGAUUGGCCUAAAUCAGAGUAAAACAAAAUCUUUGCUCUUGAACAAUUCAAUUGAACAAAUCAAUGCUCUUUGGAAGUUGGCAGAAUCUUGCGAAAUGACCACAGUUUUGUAUAAAGUUACACGAAAAGACUUUAGAAAGAGUAGCUAAUUUUAGCUAUUUAGGUGUUGUUCUAGAUGAAAACCUUUCUUGGAAAGAUCACGUCGAUUAUGUAAGCAGCAAGUUCAGUAGGCUAGGGCUUUUGUCUCGUAUACGAUCAUGCCUUACGCUGGAAGCCUCUAAACAGGUACACACUUCGCUCUUGCGGCCAUUAUUUGACUAUGCUAAUGUUGCGUGGGGGGAAAUCUCAGAGGGUUGUUGAAUGAGCUACAUCGCCUACAGAACCGCGCAGCUCGAAUUAUAUUACGGACGAACACCUCAAAUGACACAUUCCGUUUGCUUAACUGGUUAAAUCCAGCUUUCAGAGGGAAAAUGCACAAAUGUAUUCUAGUUUUUAAGUGCUUAAAUAAUCUGGUACCCAAGUAUCUUACGCAAUAUUUUACAAGAAAUGCGGAUUUGCGCGAUCAUGCAACUAGGAGAAGCAACGACCUGCACCCACCGACGCCUAAACGUAACAUAAGCAAAAGAACUUUUAAGUAUGCAGGGGCUAUUUAUUUCAAUUCUUUACCCAAUUAUGUUAAAAGUGCCUCGUCUGUAAAUAGUUUUAAAAAGAUGCUGACCGAGUACUGAUUUUACCUUAUAAUUUUAAUUUCUUAUCUCUUAGCACACACUUUUUAUAUUGACCUAGCUAGAAGGAACGACCUACACCCACCAAAGCCUAAACGUAACAUGGGCAAAAGUACUUUUAAGUAUGCAGGGGCUAUUUAUUUCAGCUCGUUACCAAAUUGUGUUAAAAGUGCCACGUCUGUAAAUAGUUUUAAAAAUAUGCUGAUUAAGCAUUUUUCCUUAUAAUUUUAAUUUCUUAUCUCUUAGCACACACUUUUUAUAUUGACUUAGUUAGAUUUUUUAUAGUAUUAUUGUUUAUUUUAAUCACGUAUAUACCUUAGGAAUUUUUAAGUUGUAUAUAUCUUUACUUCUCAGGGCUCCUAUGGAUACCAGCCUCUUUGCUGAAUGGGCUACCCUGAUUAAUUUAAGUUACUUAGUUACUAAAGUAAUGAAUAUUAUCAAUCAGUGGCACUUACUGUCGAUCAGUUGUGAUCAGUUGUCGCACAACUGGUAGAUUUACAACUGACCAAUAAUAUGUGCCAGGAGCCUAUUACCCUGGGGGCUCCAUCUCCCUCCUAUGAGGGCGCAGCGUAUUUUACACUUUAGUUUAUUAAUAGGUCAAGCUUUCCGUG